AUGUCCGGAAAAGCACACGGCGGAAAGGGCAAAUCGGGCGCGAAAACAGGGUCAAAUCUGAGAUCAACAACGCACUCGGCGCGCGCAGGACUGCAGUUUCCUGUGGGAAGAAUCAAGCGGUACUUGAAGCGGAACGCGGCGGGAAGAACACGGGUCGGGUCGAAGUCGGCGAUAUACAUGACAGCGGUGCUGGAGUACCUCACGGCUGAAGUGCUGGAGCUGGCUGGUAACGCAGCCAAAGAUCUGAAGGUCAAGCGUAUUACACCGCGUCAUUUGCAGCUGGCGAUCCGCGGGGACGACGAACUGGACACGCUGGUGCGUGCCACGAUUGCAUCGGGAGGUGUGCUGCCCCACAUCAACAAAGCUCUGCUGCUGAAGGUGGAGCGCAAGGGAGCGAAAAACUGA